AUGAACCCACUCGCCCAAGGCUGGAACAAUGCCAAUGCGUCCACCCAACCGACAUAUGGAGUGCUUCCUGGGCCUGGCUACUCCCAGCCCGCGACGACGCUCGCGAACCCGCCUGAGCUCGUCCGCUUUGUCUUUACGCCGUCCGGCCCCGACGGCACCAUCCACAACUCUGUCGUGACCCGGAUCAGCGCCGGUCCGACCGAGCCGGUAUUCCGCAUCACCACCAACUCAACAACGCAUGGAUAUUCCGUCGUGCAGAGCGGCGCCUACGAGAAGUGCGCGUAUGUCGAGUGGCUGGCACAGGCAACCCCGAUGGUAGAGGUGUACGGUAUUGUUUCGAAGCGGACCACGGCGGCAUGGCUGGCGCUCUCGUCAAGAAAGAGCUAUCGUCGCAUGAGCGCGCGCCAUUACACGUUCCGCUGGGUUCCCGAUGAAAGUAACAUCAACUUAUCCAGCGACUCGGCCUCAAAUCCCCGCUUUUACGGACGUAUUUCGCGCGCACAUGGUGUAACGGCGGUAGAACUUACCCCCGAGGCAUUGCAGCUGGGUCUCUUGGAGGUCGCAGUGGUCGCCGCGCUGGUGAUUUUGUCCGGAAGAAAUAUAGAUUGA